GGUGAAGAUCAUUCAAGUUGGUCAGCAUACAACACGCAAGAAUAUGUCUGAAGCUAAGAGCAAAACUCAAAAGAAGGAGGUGAACAGCCUUCUCAAAAGGGCGAAAAAAGAUUUAAUCAACGAAAACUUUGAUGAGUGCAUAUCCACAUCCAAAUCCGUUCUCAAAUUAGACAAAACAAAUCUGCUAGCUCUGAUUUUCACCGGGAAAUGUCUUCAGGCAAAGAAACGACCAGAUGAAGCUUUGAAAUAUUAUGUAAAGGCCUGUGAAUUCAGCCCCAACGAUAGACUUGGAUGGAAAGGCCAAUUGUCAAUCUUGGUCGGGCUUCCUGACUUUGUCGCCUUUUUCGAUACCCUAACCAGCUUUGCCAAGGUUCUUGUGUCAAAUAAAGACGAAUUAACAGAGGUGGUCAUUUAUAUCAAGGACUAUACCGAGACGCAUGGCUUGGAUUUCAAGCCAAUGAAGCUAUACUACUUGAGGCAGAUCAUCCCGGGGUUAUCUGAACUCGGCGAUAUGGUGGGCUACCAAGUUGGCCCACCUACUGAUGCAUUGAAUACAUUGAUCAAAAUGAUAGAGGAUGAUGAAAACAAGGAGAUAAAGUCGAUUAAGGAUAAGGAAAAGUUAACUUUCUCUCUCAGUAUGACAGAAGCAGCUAAAAAUAAAAAGUAUAACGAAAAAACAUGGCCAAUUGUUUCGGUCUCAGAAAUACCCGAGCUUUAUAAGCUACUUAUUGAUUUGGAACAAAAUGACAGCAAAAGAUACAAGACCCAGGACAACUAUUUGAGAUAUAUGCAUGGCUUGCUUUUGAUUGCUCCUACUCAAGCCAAAGAGAGUAUAAGAACGGAAGUUCGUGAUAUCGUCGAGGGACUCGUUUUAAUCAGUUGUCCCUCUGAGUUUGCCUGGAAGCUAUACUUUGAUUGGCAGGACCCUAGUUCAUUAGCAGAUUUGGAGUUAGAAAAAUUGGCCAUGUUCAUCAAGCUAUUUGAUAAAAGUAAAGGAUAUGGAUAUGUUUUUUACAAUUUCUUGAUAUCAGAUGUUUGCCCGUUUGAUCAGGCAAAAGUCAUUGAAUACUUGAAGCCAACGAAGAAGAAGAAAUCAGCGAAGAAGACCGAAAAAUUAACUGACACUAAAUCUGGAAUAGAAACUGAAUCCGGAGCUGAGGCAAAGACUUCCGAGGACAGCACGAUAAAGAAAGAUGAGAGAUACAAGAUUUUUGAUAUACAGCCCCAAGAAAUAUUGACCGCAAUGUCAGGAGUUUUACCUCAGGUGAAAACAUCAAUAAUUUGUUGCAGAAUUAUACUUGAUUACUCAGUCCACCUCAAAGACUACUCUUUAGGACUCGAUAUCUCUUCUCAGUUCACUAAGGCAACGGUUAACUUGAAAGAAUCGACUGGCUUGAACAUAUCAAACUCCAAACUUGCUCAGACUUUGAAUUUGGCUAUUAUCUACACAUACUACGAAGCACCGAAGAAUUUUCCUAAAGCUUUGGCAUUAUAUGACUCAAUCGAAGGCAAAUAUCCUAAUAAUGCUAAGGUGAAAAUAGGAAAAGCUUUGAUCUUGGUGGAAACGAAGAAAUACGCAGAGGCUUCGGAAAUCUUCCUUGAUUUAAUUGACCAAGACCCAAAAAAUAUUGAUGCCAUUCAAGAAUACGGUUGGUGUCAAAUUUACCUCAACAACUAUCUUGUUGGCAGACAAUAUCUUGAGCGUGCAAUUGAAAUAUUCCAAGGAGAUGAGGAAGCGGAAAUCGAAAAGAGCCUUAACUCCGCAGAGACUUUGUCUACACUGUUGUACAGGUUAGCGUUUUCUUACUACAUGGAGUUUGACAGCCCAGAAAACUCUUUCGAUCCGUCAAUUUUGAAAGGUAUGAUUCAAAAAUGCUCAUCUUUACUUUUACAAUGUUUGAAAUUAUCUCCAAAUUAUGCGCCAGCUUUCACAACCCUUGGCUUGAUUUACUACAAUUAUGCUGGUAAUAAAGACAGAGCGAUCAAAAGUUUCUACAAAGCGUUUCAACUUGAUCCUGCUGAGAUAGAAGCAUCAUACAAGCUUGUUGAACAUUUUACUUCGGUUAGAGAUUGGGAAAUGGCUGAUAUAAUUUGCAAGGCGGUAAUUGAAAAUGAUAGAGCUAGAAGAGAACUUAACUCUGCUUAUAAUAAAUCGAAGGAUAACUCUUGGCCAUAUCGGAUAUUGGGCUGUGCUUCCAUGGAGUGUAAAGAUGACGUUAAGGCAAUCGAAUAUUUUCAAACUGCUCUACGAAUGAACCCUCUUGAUAUCUCCUCUUGGUUGAGUUUAGGAGAAGCUUACAUUGCUAGGGGCAGACUUGAAGCUAGUAUCAAAGUUCUCACACAUGUUAUUAAACUGCAGUCUGGCUUGGAAGACAGCAUCGAAGAAAUCACACCAGAUAUGGAACGUAAUGCAGAUUGGCACGCAGUUUAUUUGUUAGCUUUUGCUUUGACUAGUACUUUAAAGUUUGAGAAGAGUGUCAGGAUGCUGAUCAAUUUAUUAGAAGGAAAUCAUCACAAAGAUAAUUUAUGUCUCUUAACUUUGUUGAUCGAAACUUUGGUCUUACGUUGCGAUUCUGAAAUCAAACGGGGCGCUAUCUUGAGAGCCUCCGACACGUUACUGCAAACAUACAACUAUCUUUUCCAAGCUUUUGCAUUAGAUCGAAACUCUGUUAAACUAUGGAAGGCACUGGGUGACUCGUUGGCAAUUUCGCUUACUAUCCAAUCGUUAUUAUCCAAACUACCUUUUCUCAAAAUAUACGAGCUAGUUGAAAAGCUAGAUUUUGGUGAUGAUGAAUUGUUGGCAGAUUUGAGUGUUCAGAACUAUGAUUUUGAUGAUUUACUUGCUAAGCAAAACUACACCACUGCAGCACACCUAUGCUAUACUUUAUCAUGUAUAGGAGGUUAUCUUUGCAGCAAACCCGGCGAUGUCAAAAAUUUACGCUCAAGUCUAGUUUACAACAUCUCUGUAUCCUUAGUUGCUUGGCAAAAGGAAUGCAAAGCUGAAACUUUUACUGAAGUUUCUAUCAAAUUAUUAAACAAGGCAAUUGUACUAGAAUCUGAUAAUGCAGAUUACUGGAAUUGUCUGGGUAUCGUGUCUUUGAACAAGAACGCUAGAAUUUCUCAACAUUGCUUUAUCAAGGCAUUAUCUCUGGAAUCAAAAUCACCUUUCUAUUGGUUCAACUUGGGUAUGCUGUAUAUAAAGUAUCUUGACUAUGAGCUAGCAAAUGAGUGCUUCACCAGAGCUCAGUCUAUUUCACCAGCUAGCUCGAUUGCUUGGAUUGGCCAGGCCCUCAUUGCGAAUGAAAGAGGCGACCAGUUAGCAUCAAGAAAUUUGUUCACCCAUUCUUAUGUCAUGUCUAAAGGUUGCAAUCCUCCCAAUACCUUAUUAUACGCUGUUUCUGUCUUUUCUACAAUCAUGAAUGAAAACUAUGAGGAAAGGGAUCUGGAUGCCACUCAGCAACUUACAACGGCUAAUUACGGUAUGCUAAACUAUUUAAAGCUAUACCCAAAGGAUACGUUUGCGCUUGAGUUGAAUAUCAAUAUUAUUGAGCGGUUGUACUCAUACGACAAAGGCGUUGAUUAUUCUGAAAAUCUAUGCAAUCUUUUAGAAGCCGAAUAUGAAGAAGAUGAGUCUGAGGAAGUGCUGAUAAACUACUGUAUGGCCAAAUGUCAGCUUUCGAGGCUAUUGCUUGCCAAAAAGGAAUACGUCAAAUCAUACAGCGUUUGCGAAGAUGUUGGAUCUUUGCUGGAUGCUGCUUCGGAUUUGACGAUAGAAGUUCAGAAGUGUAUGAUGUCCUGUUUCACAGUCAUGGGUCUAGCCCUGUAUUUCCAGCAAGAUUUCGAGAGAUCUUUAACCGAGUUCAAAAAACUUCUAGAGGCUUUUCCUGAGAACAAGCGCAUUGUUGUUUUGAUUUCCCAGGUAUUGUAUGCAAAUGGAGAAGCAGACGCUAAACAAGCCGCCAUGGAUGAACUACUGAAUAGCAUUGGAACUCAUGGAACGUCUUUGAUUGUCUCGAUGACCAUUGCUGCUAUUUCUCUAGUUGAAGAGUGGGAAGAGUAUAUUGCUGCCGUCAAAGAGGUUCUAGACACACUUCCCCUUGAAAUUUUGAUAAGCGAUACUUAUAGGGAGGUUCCGAAACUUCUAACAAUGAUUGGAGAUAGACUACGUCAAUUGCAAGAGAAAAAACCCGAGGACAGAGUUGACAAGAUCUGGCAGAGGAACGCCUUUCUGUUCCCGGGAGACAACACCGCCUGGAGUCAUCUUGACGCAGAGUUGUCGUUGGAGAUGAGUAUCAGUGCAGAAAAGAUGUCGGCGAUAGACGUGGCGGACUCGUAUGUGAGGGUCGGACGACUCCGGGAGACACAGAGAGGAAUUCUUCUUAGCGGGGGUAUUUCUCCUGUGGGGCUAGAAACGCUUUACAAUCUGAUUGUGUAGUAGUUGUAUUCAUUAUGUAUACAUUUUCGUUAUAACGGCAUUGCGGGUUCCACCCAGUAGAAGUGAAUAGUGACUUGAAGUGACUUGAAGCCGUAGUGUGGUGGAGACAGAAACUGCAACAACGACAACAAAGAUGGCUAAAAGUGUGGCAGUGCAGCGAUAAGAGGAAAAAAUAAAAAGAGACGGGCAAAUCGGAAGGUUGUGGU